AUGUUGGCAAUUAAUGAGUAUGGACUUGUGUUUGGCCUGCCGAAGGACCCGGCGGGCAACACGGGUGUGGUGGUAUUUGUGGACUGUAUGAACAAGAUGGCUCGUCUUGCGACAGUACCGGACACGAUCGACGGUGUGGGUAUAACGAUGCUGUUUGUGGACCGUGCCAUUCGACAACAUGGACUCCCGGAGUCAAUUGUCUCGGAUAGAGUUCCGCGCUUCACUGGGAACUUUGGGGUGCUGGGCACCAAGUUGACUAUGUCAAAAAUGGACCUUUCGCAGAUAUAUGGUCAAACUAAGCGCGUGAAUCGUUUUAUUGAAGACGUUCUUCGCAGCGUCUGCGCUGAGACGCCGAAACGCUGGAGCGCCACGCUGCCACUCGUAGAGUUUGCUCUGAACAUUGCAGUGCAUUCAUCUACCGGCUAA